AAAUCUAUGGCUACGGUUUGUUUAUCGUGUUGUUUAAAGUUGAUGAUCUCUAUUUAUAUAAUUUACGGCACUUUUUAUAGUGGUUCUACUCAAUAACUAUGUUUUAAUAAUAAUUUAUGUUAGUGUACUUUCAAAAUAAAUGCAUAAUGGAGUGUACGCAGAGGAUUGAAUGUACGCAAGAGAUAUAUCAGAAUCCUCAAGAGAGGAUAAUUCCUGAACAGAUUGGAUUCUUAGGCAUUUGUGGCGCAAAAUAUCCAAUAAGGAAAGGCCCAAACAAAAUAGGUAGAGACCCGGAAACUUGUGAAAUUGUCUUAAACUUAAAUUCAGUUUCCAGACAACAUGCUGUUAUAAAUAUUUUAAAUUCGAAAGAAUACAUGAUUAUGGAUUUGGGUUCAGCAAACAAAACAAAAUUACUUGAAAAAAUUCUUCAACCAUACAUAGCUCAUCCACUAAGAAAUGGUGAUACACUACAAUUUGGACAGAUCUUUGGUGUAUUCAGGUUGCUUGAAGAUGAGAAUGAUCUACCAAUGACUCAAGCUUUGGAUAUACCAGACACACCAAUUACUAAUAAAUAUUCAUCAAAAUUAAUUAAUUUUCCAAAUACAGUUAUACCUGAAUCUCCGGAUGUCAGUGACAAAGAUGACUCUUUUGUUGCUCCAUCACAGCCUAAAAAUUGUGACGUAUUUAAAAGCCCUUCACAGAAAUACAUAAAAUCAUUUGGCAAAACAAUUUCCAUACAACCGAUAGGAAGUAAGCAAAUUGACAAUAUAUAUUGGAAUUCUUCAAAAAAAUCAGUGUCCAUUGACAUGAAUCUAGACGAGUCAGAUACUGAUCCAUGUCCUAUAAAUCCUGCAGGAGUAGAGGAUAAUAUUCAUGAAAUGGAAACACAAAUCCCUUUUCCUGCAACAAAUGAAGACACUGAUGAUUUAUAUACUGCUGACACACAAUUAUGUGUCAACAACUCCUUGCAAUCUAAUAAAUUAAUUUUAAAAACAAAAAAUGACACAAUAAAUGUAAAAGAAAUCGAUUCGUACGUCGAAAACAAAGAAAAUAAUAAUAGUAUAUACAAUGCAGAUACACAACAAGUAAAAGUAAUCAAUGAUAAUGAAGUCAAGGGUAAAAAUACAGGAAUAUCAAAUGAUGAAGAACCGUCUAAAGCUAGACUUAGUACAUCUGAUGAAGAAAUUCUCUUUCAGGAAGUUGAUAUGGAGCCAUUAGAAGAAGACUUUGCAUCUCAGCCAUUGUUAUUUGAAAAAACAACAGAAAGUCCAGAAAAUGUUUCAAUUUUAAAUAGUGAAAAGUCCAUAGAAACUAAUAUUAAUGAGGAAAAUAAUUUUUUAGAACAAUGCGAAAAUAAAUCUGAAGGAUCCACAGAUUGUGAUGAUGAUGAUAUGUUACUUACACAAAAAAUUCCCACCAUAAAUCAAAAUAAUACCUCUGAAGAUAUGCCUAAUACUUCUUCUAAUAAAAAUCUAAACAUAGACGAAGAUAGUACUGAUUGCGAAGAUGAUUUAUAUGACAAUCAUGACAAUGACAAAGUCAAAGCAACCUCUAUUCCAAAUAAUAUAAAAAUAUCUGAAAUAAAUUCAAUUAAACAAAACACAAAUAAAACCAAUGAAUCAGAUGAUUUAAAAGUUCAAACAUCAGAUGAUUUGAAUUUCGAAGAUAUGCUCACACAAGUCGUUGAAGUGGUGAAUAAUGAAAACGAUAGUUUAAAAAAUCCCAUUGCACCUAGUUUCGAAGAUUUACCUACCCAAGUGAUAACGGUGACAACUAAAGAAGAAAUAUUAAAAGAAAAUGAAUCUUGCAAAGAAAAAAGUCCAUUUAAAGUCCCGUUCCAGUCCAUUAAAAGUAUAAAAAGAAAAGAAACGACUAAUAACUUUUUAAAUACUCCCAUUAGAAAUAUUCCAAACAUUUGUGAUGAUGAUGAAGAAAAGUUUUAUACAGCAACCCAAGAUGUAUUCAAUGAUUUAUGCUCUCAGAGAGAAAUAAAUACAGAGUCAAAAGUUGAUAACUUUGUUACAAAUGAAAAUGAAGAAAUGGAUGUUGACAUUGAACUGAAAUUAAAACAUAAAAGUGGAAGUAACUCUGAUGUUGAAAGUACUCCAGAUAAUUCCCAAAAGAAUAUAACAUUCAUGAUUACUGAACCACCAAAUAGUCAAGAAAUCGUAAAAAGUAUAACGUUUAAUUCAAAAGCAAUCGUUAUGGAAUCGUUAAGCGACUCAGAGGAUAAUAUAUCAGAACAAAAUACACCGAUAUUAUUCCACAAGCGUAAAAGAAUUAAAAACACUAAACUAGAUUUGACAAAGAAAUUUGAAUUAGAAAAUCUUCCUUCGAGAACGAUUACUAGAAAAAGGAAACCUACAGCUAAAGUGGAAAAUAAUUCCGAACUUAAAAAUAUACUUGCGCCUAAAAUUUUUGGAGAACAUGAUGAAAUUGUUGAUAAAGAAAUUAUUGCAGCUAAUAUAUCCAAAAUAAAAAAUACAAAGAAUAAAGAAGAAAAGAAAAAAUCAAAUCAAAAUGAUAGUACAAAGUCCACGCUAACAAAGAAAGACCAAACAGCAAAAUUAGAAAAAGCAGAUGCUAGUGUUCUACAAAAAAAUAAAAGUCCUGAAAAUAACAAAGAUCAAAACACAAAAAGAAGCAGAACUGAUACGAAACAUUUAAGUAAAUUAAAAAAAAAUGAUACUUUAGAUUCAACAAAGCAAGAAGAAAUCUCGGGUACAUCAAAAACUAAUAAAACCAGACAACGAAGUGCUAGAAUAAAGCGAAAUGAAGAUGAUAAAAGUAAACCUAAGAAAGAUAUUAUUAAAGUUUGCAUAAUGAAAGAUAAAGGAAAACGUAGCUACGAAGAAGAAAAACAAGAGUUACCUGAAAAAGAAGUAAGGAGAAGUAAACGACAAAAAAUUAAGAAAGAAUUUGAAACAGAAAUAAAAAAUACAAGGAAAACAAGAAGUAAUAAGAAAGUAGACAAUGAAAUAUCAAACUACGAAAGAGAAAAAAGUGUUAUAUACAGAUUAUCCGAUGAAUCAAGAUCAAGUUCUCCUAGAAGUGUUAAAUCAUCUUUAAAAGAGGAUGUUACUACAAAUAUGAAUAAAUCUGAAGCCACAUCCAGUACAGAGAGGAGAUCGUUACGAAAAACUGUAUUAAAAAAUAUAAAUCACAAAGUUUUAUUCACGGCAUUUUCACAUCCAGAUAUAAACGUCUUGUAUAAUCUAUUGGAAAAACUUAAUGCAGUUAUAGUGACAGAUGUAAAUACUUGUACUGUCGUGUGCACUGUGGAAUUAAAAAGGACUUUCAAAUUGUUGUGUGCGGUCGGGCUGGGCAAACCUAUUGUAGGCAAGACUUGGAUACAGGCUUGUCGUGAUGCUAAUAUGAUUGUCGACCCAUGGCUGUACCUACUGAAAGACGAGCCCAGAGAGAUUCGGUUUGACUUCGACUUAGCACGUACGCUGACCGGCAAGAGGAACUUUCUCAAGGGUUACAACGUCUCCUCCACGCCCAAAGUCGAGCCACGAGCUAAUGAGAUGAAAUUGAUCGUUGAAUGUUCUGGAGGGACUUGGAAAGAGGGAGGGUCACAAUGGGUUUGUGUAUCCACAAUCGAAGAUAAAGCUCUCUGGCCCUCACUUAAACGUAAGGGUGCAAUCAUAGUCAAUCCCGAGUUCAUAUUAGGUGGAGUUUUACGUCAGAGGAUUGAUUUGGAGAAAAAUAUAUUGUUUUAAUUUUUUUUAAACCUUCAACGUAAUUUAGGGCCAGAGUCACUGGUGACUUAAAUCCCUGCUCCCAAUUAAUAUGAAUUGAAGAGUUUUUUAUUUGUAAUUUUUACAAUUGGAUCCGACUAUCGUUUACAUUUGUUUGACAUUUGAUAUUGUCUCUGGUUUUUCAAUAUGUGUCAACCCAACUGUCACCGAGUAGAAUUCCAAGGUUUUUGCUUAAAAUCAUAAAAAUAACCUCAGAUAAGCUGGAUAAGCUAGAAACUUUGUUAUGCGAGUCCCGAUGGCCUUCUUAAGGGAUAUAUUCAGGUUAGAAAAAAAACCUGUCCCUAAGAAACUAGCUUCUCGAUGUUUGACUGUAAAUAAUAAAUUAAACUUCAAAAAUACAGAUUCAAAAAUCGAGCUUCAAUUUGUACUGUUUAUAUACAGAUGUUCCGAAGUUACUUGGAGUUUAUGAAAGCUUAAUGGACCUUAAAAGUACAAAUUAAUGUAUUUGUUUAUGUUAGGUAUUCGCUGGUUAGAUCUAAUCUGAAUUUUCACUGAAAUACUUGUAGAAAAGCACGUUUUUAUCUACUAAAGAGAUUGAGUUGCAGCAGUGGAAACUUAAGUUUAUGUUAACGUUUGUCGACAGUGUUUUUAAAUCAAAGUAUGACAAUUUUAAUUUAAUAAUACCCAAUGAGCCAUAAAGAUG